UUCGUUCUCAAAGUCCUUCCUCGGGGAUUGAAUUACUAACAUUCCAGGCAUCGAAGAGACGCUUGUGGGUUCUUUACACGCACACACGAGUAUAUAUGAACUAUGAAGUACGUCGUCUUAUGAGUCUUCACACAAAAUUGCGAAGAAUAGUAAACUAAGAUCCGUUCGGCAUGGAAAAUACUAACGGACUCAUUCGAUAUGAUAGACAACAUGGACCAGCACACUACUUGAUUAAGAUAAAGUCAUAUUCAGCACUGGCUGGGCUCGAAAGCUAUGAAUCUCACGUGUUUGAAGCCAGUGGCUACAACUGGAAGAUGAUUUUGUAUCCUCAUAGAAAGAAUGAAGCCAAAAGGGAUAGGCAUAUCUCACUUUACUUAGCAAUAGCAAAAACUGAGGAUCUCCCUGCUGGUUGGCAAGUGUUGGUUCAUUUCAAAUUUUUGGUUUAUGAUCAGAUCCAUGACAAGUACUUGGUCAUUGAAGAUGAAGGAAAGCAGUUGAAACGUUUUCAUGUGGCGAAGACAGAGUGGGGUUUUGAUGAACUGGUUCCUACGGAUACAUUGGAAGAUGUCGCUAAUGGAUAUGUUGUUGAUGAUUUAUGCGUGUUUGGAACUGAAAUCUUCGUACACGAAUAUAGUGGGAAUUGGGAAUGUGUUUCCCCAGCGAUUAAGGAUCCAUCAUUUGGUACAUACACAUGGAAGCUAACGAACUUCUCCAAAAUUGGAACUGAAUAUUGUGACUCCGAAUCAUUCACUGUUGAAGGCGCAAAAUGGAAAUUGAGAGUUCAUCCAAACGGCAGUAGGACUCCCAAAUAUGAGUUUCUUUCAAUUUUUCUGGUGUUCAUUUUGCUGGAGGAAUUAAAAGAUGCAACCAAUGGUUACUAUCGGAAUGAUACUUUGAUUAUUGAAUGCCACAUUACAAAAAUCUGUGAAGUUGAAAAAUUCAGAAAAUGA